AUGGAUAAUGAGCAGCCGGUAGAGGCAAGGACUCACGGUGUCGGUUAUUACAGUUUUUCAACGGACGAAGUCGAAAGAGCUCGACAACAAGAUGAGUUGAAAAAUUUAAGAAAGGAAACGGUCGAGCAACAAGCGAAAACACAAACGGCUGCACAAAGGAAACAAAAGCUCAUGGAAGAAAGGCUCAAAGCCGCAAGAAGAAGAAAAAGAGAAAGGUUAGGAUUACCACCGGAAGAAGAAGGAGAAGGGGAAGCAGAGGGAAAUUCAUUAGGCGUGGAAGAUGAAAAAGAAAAAACACCGGAUCCGCCAGAAGAAUUGAGAAGAGACGUUAGAAAACCAGCCCCCAUCAGACCUUGGGAUAUAGGAAAGGAAAACACGAGUAAGGUUCUGAGUCAGGAGGAAUGGAUGGAAAAAAAAAGGCUGGAAAGAAACGAAGAAUUCGCGCCUCCCAAUUUGUAUUCCUCUCAGAAAUCUCGUAGAAAAAGACAACCGGAACAAGUUCGAGAAGAACGGCAAGUUUUCAACAUGGAACCGGUACCCAUAGAAGACGAAUUAGAAGAAGAAAAGGUAGAAAAUACAAGAGGACGGGGUGCGGAAAUCCCUCCUCCUCCUACUUUCGAAAUGUACGGUCCGACUUCGAAACCUUAUCAAACUACUCGUCCGAAAUUAAAUCCGACAGAAAUAAACAAAUCGAUAGAAGAAGGUUUAAAUUUUAUUAGGAAACAAGUAGAAGAGAAACAAGCGAAAAGGAGGAGAAAAGACGAAAUAGAAGAAAUAAUGGGUUGA